CAUGGUGGGGGAAGGACUCAGCACUUCUCGCCUCACCUCGCCCACCCCUUCCAUCUUCCCCCCAGGUCCUUCUGCUGGGAGCACCGCCCAGAGCAGGCCGUGAAGGCUAAGCCGGGGCAGAACAGCACCUGCGUCAUCUGCCUGGACCCCGUGGAGGACAAUAAGUCCUACCACACCAUGGUGUGCCCAGCAUGCCAACGCGCCUGGUUCCACCGGAGCUGCAUCCAGAAACAGGCUAUCCACGCUGGCGUCCGCCUCUGCUGCUUGCAUUGCCGAAACCAAGAUCGGUUUGUGAUGGAAAUGCUCGCCAUGGGGAUUCGAAUCUCCAAGAGGUGGUUCUUCCUCUUCCCGACUCACGAGGCAUCGGGCACAAGCGCGCAGCGCCAGGCCAGGGACGGCCCCAGCAGGCCUGCCCUGCUGCCCCCAACUCUUGUCCUCAGCUUCCCGGAGGAGCUGGAAACAGGGUGGGGGCAGAAGAGCAGGGACAGCCUGGACCUGCCCGAUGCUGGGGCCAGCAGGGGCUCAACACUUUUCCCGUCCUUCUCCCGCAGACAGCCAUCAUGGGAGAGUGACCAGGCAUUCGGACCGGUCUAUCAGAGGCACAGACGCUGCAACGCCAGCAAGUGCCUUUGUCCGGGAGGCAGCGAGCAGGCAGAGGAAGAGGGGCCCUGGCAAGUGCUCCUGUGCAGCUCCUGUGCUGCCAAAGGCACCCACCGACGCUGCCUCUACUUGAGCAACAGCGCAACCACCUGGGAGUGCAACUGCUGUGCUGGCCCGGGCGCUGGUAAGAGGCAAAGCACCCGGGUGCCCCUGUGCUGCUAUGGCCAGUGUCCCAGCUAG